GGUCCUGUUAUAAAUUAAACAUGGCCGCUGCAACUGCAGGUAAAGAAGAGCUCUUGCAGAGCGUUUUUGAGACUGUAUGUGCUUCUGGUCUAGUCAUCAAGAGGCAGCAAAGGGAUGAGCCGGAUUUGAACAAGAAGGAAAAGUUCGUACUACUAAGAGAAUUGCUAGAAUCAUCUCCUGGUUGCUUUCUAAUGAGAUUUGGAUCUGCACUGAAUGAGAACCAGUUGCAAUACUUUGAUAAUUAUAAUGACUAUGAAGUGACCUACAGACUGAAAGAGUUCCGCAAGGGCCAGAGCCCUGAUUAUAGGAAAGGGAUUAUCAGGAACAGACGAUACAGAGCCAUUGAAGUGUUGACAGAGACAACCGACUAUUUCACUGAACUAGUAAUGAAGGAACGCUGCCCUUCUCUUUAUCAGCAGUAUAUCGGCCAGUAUUUGAGUGAUCAGGAAAAGCGUAGGCUAGGAGAGGGUCAAGACCAACUUUCAUUACUGGCACAAGUAUUAGAAGGAGAGACAGAUACUGAAUCUGGGGAGGGAGAGAAACUGAGUGACAAUCCUGUUGAAGCCAUUCAAGAGAAACUCCUUUAUCGCAAGGAGUUUCUGCGACUAAUGCAUCUGAGAUUUUUGGAUGGUAAAGAUGAUCAGGAUUUUGAUUACAGUACUGUGGAUGGAAAUAUUGAGUAUGAUGACAGCGCAAUAAAGAACAGAGACUUUGAAGAUGAGUAUUUUGACUCUGAAGAACCUUCUGAAAUAACAGAAAAGGUGUCUAGAUCUCCAGACACUGACAGAUGAUAAUUAAAAAUAAUUAUAGUUAAUUAAAUUUACACUUGCAUAAAAACACAAAUUGGUACUUUUUAAUUGUUAAUAGUAACAUCAUGAGUAAUCAUCCUCUCUUCAUUUUUGUCUCUCUCAUUAAACAUGUGUUCAUAAUAAGACUCUA